UUGGAAUGCUUUGUCACUGACUUGCUGUGUGACCUUGAGCAGAUCACUUCACCUCUCUAGAUUUCUAUGUCUUCGUGUACGAAGCACUUUGUGGCACUUUCCAAUGCACGGGGUGUGCCCCGUACCUGUCCCCUUGGUGUAGCUGUCGCUUAAAGCGAGGUAAAUCUUCCUCUCCACAACAUAUGAAUUGUCUUAGAUACUUCAGUUCCCACUUCUGUGAACAACCAGCUCUGAAUUUCUCUUUUAUGCUCCUGGCCCGCUGGAGCUCCAGCUCUACCCUGCAACUUUCUGAACACUUCCCCCUUUGAUGUCCCUUGCUUAGCUCCAACCAGUAUGUCUAAAACCAACAUAAGUAUCAUAUUUCCCCAAACCUAACCAUUAGUCACCCCGGUUUGAAAAUUCAGUUUCUUCCUCUCUGAGUCAGGUGGCACUUUUGGCUGGGAAAGCAUUAUCUCCUUCCCCACCCCCUGUUGUCAAGUUAUGUUGAUUUUUCUCUUUAAAGUAAAUGUAUCUCAUUCCUUUUCUACCACUAGCACGCAAUUUCAGCUUCUUAUCUUAAAUCUCAGCCAUCGCCAGCCACUCCCGUCUCUUCCUAUUUAAUCAUCCGUCUAAUACUUGGGUACCUACUGUAUGCUGGUUUCUGUGCUAGGCUCUGGGGCUAUCGCAUGGAGCAAAACAGAGACAGUCCCUGCCCCUUAAGGCACUCAGGGUCUUGUGGGAGAGACAGACAUUGCCCAAAGUUACCAAAAUGAAUAUGUAAUUACAAGCUGUAAUAGCUAUGAAGGAAAAGAGUCAAUGCAGUUACAAAAAUAAAUAACAAGGAUACCCAAUUUAGAUUGGAGAGAAGUAAGGCCCCUGAGAAGGUGAUACUUCUACCAAGACCCCCAAAAUGAGGCUCAGGGUAGGGAGAAAAGGGCUCCAGACUGGGACUAGCAUAUACUGAUGGUCCUAAGACAGAAGGAGUUUGGGCAAGGAACUGCAAGAAGGACUUACUAAGAAUUUCAGAUUGUACUGUAAGAACAUGGGGCACCAAAGAUUUUAGAUUUUAUUCUGAGAACAUUGGAAAGCCACUGAAGAGUUUUAAUCAGAGGAGUGAGUGAUCUGGUUAAAAUGUCAGCAGCCGCUUUGCAGAAAAUAGAGUAAAACAAGAGUAGAAGCGGUAGAUAUCCUAAGGAGAUGGCUGCAGUAGUUCAGGAGAGAAAUUAUGUUCGUUUGGAUGAGGGUGUGGCAUAGCAUUGUCACUGUCACCUCAUUAGACCAAAACCUCUAGAAACAAGAUAAAUUCCAAAUGUUUUGUUCUGACUCUGACAUUUUUAAGCAGGGAGCAAAAGGCUGGGGGUGGGGGAGUGGGGCAAGAUAUUAGAAAGAUGCUGGGAUACAUUACAGAAUCCAAGGAAAGUUAACAACUAAGUUUCAGGAAGGGCAGAGAUCAGAGCAGCUCUGGAACCUCAGCUGCAGGAUUUGCCGUCCUCUUGAGUCUGCUGCCAGCGAGGCAGGCCAGACAGUAGACUUAUGGCUGUGUUGGGGACUCCCUACUGAGGACUGGGGGUACACCACAAAGAAAGGGGAACUGUGAGCUGGGCACUCAUCCUUUCCGGCAUUGACUUUGUUAUUCAUCAUUUUCUGUGGCCCCAAAUGUUUGUAGGUUUACUAUACCCUCUAAUGGUAUAAAGAGUAGGCAUAAUUUUUAUAGCAUCCUGGUUAAAGUGAGGCCCAACCCUACUUCCUUUUUCCUUUGAACGUUUGGCCUAGAGGAUGGGAGAAGGGGAUCAAUAUGCCCACCACCAUAUCCUGCUGGCUCUUCUGCCUGAUCAACUAUAGUCCUCUCCCAUUUCUGAUCUCCAGGGUAUCAAACUGUUUGCUUUUAAAGCUUUAGUGAAGCAGCUGCCAGAUGGUCCAAGAAUUCCAAUUGUGAGCUUGACGUUCUUGGGAUCAGAGAUGAAUGUGAUAAAAAGGAAAAAGAAUCUACCUAGCACUAGUAUCCUAAGAGCGUGGAGAACACGAGGAUGUGCUUUGCAUAUACCCUUGCCUCCCCCAAUUCUGUGGACUGCUUCUGGGGGAGGAACGGAAAACAGAGAGCUGUGCUCUGGUUUUGGAUGUACACUUAAUACCAGACCAGUGAGGUGAGAGUUCCUGUGUUAAAAGAAACCUUGAAUGGUCAGAAGGUUCUUAGGAUGUAGGUGGGAGUUUUAGUGACGAGCCCUCCAAGAGGCUACAGACCAGUAAGACUCAAGCCUGAAACAUAGCACAGCACAGAUGUCCUGUAACCAUUAGGCAACAAGCCCUAGGAAAGUCCUGUCCUUUUCUCUCACGGCUCCUGCAAUUUCUCACCUGUCUUCCUUUUAAACAGUGAUGCCUGUAGUUCCCAAAUGGUUUUAUUUUCCCACUGGCCCACUGCAGGAACAGCCAGACUCCUGGCUUCGCCUUCAAGCUCCUGUUUCCACAGCAAGCACAAAACAGCACUAGCAGUGGUAAGGGGCAAACAGGGAAGUAAAAGGCACCUCUCUCUCCUCUGCCCCUCACUUCCCAGCCUCUUUCUACUUAGAAACUGAAGAAAGAAAUUCAACCUAGAUGCCAACAAUGGGUCUGUCUACACAUAGGUCUAAAAGAAGAGUUGUAUGUGUCUCUCUUAACCACUGGAAGCCCUCAACCACAGAGCUAACCAAAAGAAACUCCUGACAAGGUGAAAAGCAAGAAUGAGGCCUGCAGAGGCAGCUGCUCCCAACCCCAGCCCCUCUGCUGCCUUGGAAUGGAUCACCACUGCAGGAGAGGAAGCUGCUACUGUGAUGAAUUCUGCCAUGUGGUACCAGACCGCUGCCUGGAUCACCGUGCCCUCUGCAACACUGGUAACUCACAUGCAGGCUCCGUUCCACCCCCAGCAGAGCUGGAUGCUGUGAUUGACAGAGGCAAGCCCCUUGCAUGUACUUUAGGCCAAGGCCAGGGUGUGGACUGGAUGGCUUCUAAGGUCCCUGACAUCCCAAGAUCCUGGCAUUCUGUCCAUUUCAUAUCAAAAGUGCCUACACAUUCCUCCCCGCUCCUUGCCACCUGCUGCUCCCCUCUGAGCCACUUUUGCAGGUCCCACAAGGAGAGGUUCAGCUGUUGGUGACUGGGGAAUAGGGUGGGGAAAUAGGGUGGCUGUGUUGCACCUAACUGUCCCCGCUUCUCUUGCAGUACAGAUGCCUCUUGACCUGUCCCAUGUAGACUUCUGAGGGCAGACAGGAGUCUGCAGAGAGGUGCUGGGGGUAUUGGGCAGCAGCAGGGGGUGGGAGGCAGGGAUGAGGACAGGAUCUUUCACCUGUGUUUUUCUGCUCCUCAAACUAUCAGCAUGGUGCUGCAGGUGGUGCUGAGGAAGGAGAACCUGCCCAAGCCCUGCCAGAAGCAAUCUAGACUGGAUGCAAAGCAUGGCCACAGAGCCCUUUAUCCCAACGGAGGGUGAAAUUCUAGAAGACAGUGGCUCACACCAAACGCAGGACCUCAGACUUCAUGGCCAAGAGGACCUCAGAGGUCUUAUUGACAGAGGCCCAGAGAAGGCAAAUAACUUGUCCAAGAUUGCACAGAGUUCUUGGGCCACUACCAAGGAAGGAGCUGGAAACAGAACCUAGACCUUUUUUUUUUUUUUUUUUUAAAUUUAUUUAUUUUUGGCUUUGUUGGGUCUUUGUUGCUGUAUGCGGGCUUCCUCUAGUUGCAGUGAGCUGGAGCUACUCUUCGUUGUGGCGCACGGGCUUCUCACUGCGGUGGCUUCUCUUGUUGCGGAGCACAGGCUCUAGGCGCACGGGCUUCAGUAGUUGUGGCAUGCAGGCUCAGUAGCCAUGGCUCGCGGGCUCUAGAGCACAGGCUCAGUAGUUGUGGUGCACGGGCUUAGUUGCUACGCGGCAUGUGGGAUCUUCCCGGACUAGGGCUCGAACCUGUGUUACCCUGCAUUGGCAGGCGGAUUCCUAACCACGGCACCACCAGGGAAGUCCCAAACCUAGACCUUCUGAUUCCACUCUAAAUUUCCUUCCAGCUGUGAGAUUUUGUGAUUUUUCUGACACCUGUUCAGCAAGCUUUCCUCUACUCUGGAGCUGCUUUAUUCACAAAACUCUUGCCCUGAAAUCCCCAAGAUACCUUGUCUGGCCACUGGCUGUGGCCAUAACAGCUUAUGUCCUUGACCCUUUGAGGGGAUAAGAUUCUUCACUAGGGCAUUUGGAAAUACAUUCUGCAACCUCAUUCCCCGUCUUGUGGCCAAAUCCCCAAGGUUCCCUAAGUAAUCACCCUCAGUGUCCCUCCUCCCAGGCCUGGGGACUCAGACCAGCACACUUACACUUUCCCUUCUCCCAGCUGUGCUCUUCCUACCCCACACCUCCAGUCUGGCCCAAGACAUGAUCCUGCCUCUGGCUGGGAUGCAGGAUCACAGUAUGUAAAGAUGGAAGGGUGUUAGGGAUCAGAGUCCUGCCCCACACUGGAGAGCUGUCUCCUGCAGACCUCAGGGGGCUGUUCCUUCUCUCUGUUGCUUGAGGAUCUGAGUGGACAUCAGGGCCUUCACUCAUUUACUGAGCACCUAAAAUGUAUAUGUUUUCAACAAGCACCAAGUAUGUAGCAGGCACUGUUAGAGCCUUUUUAUCUCAUGUGAGCCUCAUGAAACAGCCCAGUGAGGUAAGGAUUAUGCCCAUUUUACAGAUCAGGAGGUUGAGGUUCAGAAAGUUCUUCAAUUUGCUCUAGAUUAUAGAGCUAGUAAGUCUAGAAUUAGGAAUAAAACCCAUGUUUCUCUAACUAGAAGUCAAAGCCCCAUGCACAGGGGGAGAGGGAGGGGGGAAAGGCUAUGGGAAGGGGGAAAUGUGUGUGAAACACCAUCUUCCAUGGCCUCCCUGCCUACAGGACCCAGGGGAUGAAUAUCACUGUGGAAAUGAUUCCAUAGCUUCAAACCAAACUUCAGAGAGGGGGGUGUCAGUGGGCAAGGGGGGCAGGAGGGUUAGCUCCCUGUCAGCCCUGACACACAACCUGCCAGCUCUCAGCCUGUGCACUUGUGAUCACCUGGUUACACCCUGGAAACUACCCAGCCACACCUAAGCAGGUGGCCCGCCCCUGCUCCGCGGGUUGAGCAAGCAGGAAAAGGUGGCAGCAAGAGGCAGUGGGCAGAUCUGCUGGGCAAUGGUGGCCGGAGCCCCAGCUAGGAUGGGCUUUCUCUGGGGCCUGGCUCUGCCCCUUUUCUUCUUCUGCUGGGUGGCUGGGGCUCCUAGGAGCUCUGCAGACCCCAGCACCAGUGAACCAGGCCACACAGAAGUGCCUGCUGUGACUCCAGGGGUCAGGACGAGCUCAGAGGGAAUCUUCCAGACCACUGACCUCACUGAGACCUCUAUGUCAAACCAUAUCUCUUUGGAAACUCAAACCCUAAGCACCCAGACCUCUGGUACGACCUUCCUCCCAGGCAGCACCAUUUCAGUAGCAGAGAACAGGGAAAACAAGACCAUGGCCCUCAUGAAAACAAUGCCUUCCAAGUCCUCGGCUGUGAUCACCACUCCUAUGGAGACAUCAGCCACAAGCGGCAGCCCCACAGGACGUGGAAUGACCACAGUUGAGACCGUCACAGGCACUGAGCUCUUGAAAGCCGCCUUUGACACCCUUUGCAAUUUCGACAGCUCUGAAGAGGCAAAGAGAAUCACGGUAGACUUCUUGAAAUUAGCUCACACCGCUACAGAAGCCGAGGCCUUGUCCUCGGAGAGCAGCGCUUCCUCUGACAGCUCAGUUCCAGCCAUCACCGCCUCACAAGCCCUGUCACCUGACAUUGCUGCUCUGGCUAAAGCCUUGGUUACCUACAACAUCAGCAACAUCGAGGUGAUCGAUUGCAGUGUUACAGAAAUGGAAGCAACUGCCAGCACCCCUGGGACCUCAGACACAGAUCACAGCCCCACGAGAGGAGAGGCCCUGUCUACCCCCGAGACAUCCACUUUGCCUGACUCCACUGAAGCAAAAUCACACCUCGCCAGGACCACAGCCUCUGCUGAGACCUUGUCAGCAGCCAGCACCACAGAAUCAGCCACACCUGACAUCACACUCACCAUCAGUAGCACCACAGAAAUGGAAACAACAGCCGCCAGGGCCACGGCCCCCAGUGGAACCUUGGUGACAGUUAGCAUGAACCUCUUGGAAGAAAACUCAUCCCUCUCUGUUGAGACAACAAGCCACACCGAGGUCUCAGGAGCAGUGACAAUCUCCACAGGGACUGCGUCAACAGUAGGCGAGGUGACUUCCCCUGCUGGGUUCUCAGCUACGGUCUACAGCCUGUCUGAAGUGACUACCAUCAUGAGCUCCACCCCCUCAGAGACUUCUACCACUGACAUCACAUUCGGUGCGCCCGCUCCCAACAGCAGGAGCCCUCUUCCUUCUGUCCAUCCGGCUACGGCCAACAGCAGUCAAGAGACAAACAUCACCUUAGCCAAGACCACAGCCUCAGCAAAGACCUUGAAGAUAGCCAGCACAGCUGGAGGGAAGCCCUCAACAGCCACGCCCACCAGUGCUCAGAGAAGUCUGACAGAUGUUAGUGCAGGUGAGGAUGGAGGCUUCCUCCUCCUGAGGCUGAGCGUGGCCUCCUCAGAAGACCUCACUGCCCCCAGAGUGGCAGAGAGGUUGAUGCAGCAGCUCGACCGUAAACUGCAUAUGUUUAUGUCUCCCAUCCAAGUCUCCCUGCUGCGUGUCAGGAGGGGCUGAAGAACAUCAGCUGUGAUCAGGCACUGCCACGUGUGGAAGGGGGCAGUACCGCCUGCAGCCUGGGCCUCAGCAUGACUGGAGCCAUGUUACCUGGAAGGUUCCCAUGUAGAUCAGCAAGCCACGGCCUUACCCGGUCAUGGCAGUGGGACCCUGGCUCACAUAUGCCUGGGUGUACGUGUGUAGGGAGCGGGUGGGGUCUUCGCCUGUUCCAGAGAUGUCCUUGGACUUCCCCUGGCAUGUGUGUUGUGUUUCAGUAAAGAGUGACCUGAUCACCCAUCUGUCA